UAGACUCCAUACUCCAUUCCCAGCACUGGCUGGAAAACACUAAAGUUUUGCUUCCUCACCACUAAUCCCGUUCAUUGCUUCCAGCACUUCAAACCGCCGUAGUCUACUUCAGUUGGUUGUGAUCCCCUAUUGCGAGUAUUCGUCCAUAGUACCACAGCACAAGAGACUUCGGUAUUCAAAGUCCAAGUUUGCAACUUUCGACAACCAUGUUCCGACCACUGUUGGCCUUGGCUGGCCUGUUGCUCUUGAUCGGCCUGAGUUAUGCUGGAGAUUACAAGCAUACUUGCAAUGGCGUCGAUGUCAUUGUGUCGACAACGAGACGCUACCCGCUCCAGGCGAAAAGCUACUGCGCAAUGCGCGGUUUGAACAUGGUCACGUUCAACAACAUGUACGCCCUCAACAAGGAACCAACUCACUGCCUGGCCCAGGCUAUUACCAAGGAUCUAGCAAAAGACUCCGUCACCGAAAUCUUUACCCGGAACUAUGGCCCCUACUUUGGCCCGGAUGUCUAUGACCUUCAGCAGCACACGCUCCGCCGCGGCCUCUAUUCACAGCAGCUGGCGACCGUGUGCCUGCCGGAAAGCUUGGAUAUCUGCAUGACCAACAGGAGCGCGUGUCCAAAAUACAACAUCUGCAGAACUCCAACAUUGACCUCGCACACGUGCACCAGCUCGUCGACCCGGGUCAACGUGACAACGAGCUUCCAGGGUAAGGCCACGCCCACCGACGUGUGGUAUGAGUACGCUGAUUUAGACUUCAUCCACCUUCAUCAUGGCGGCAGUCCUGGAUGCAAGUUGCAUGGCUAUGAUUACAACGAGGGUCCGUUCAGCAUGCCUCUGUACAAUACGCACAAGAAAGUCCGAGCCACGGUGAACACGCUGCUGAAGACGGCCGGAACGCCCAAAGUGACUGUCUACACGCGCAACCCAGACUUCAAGCACAAGGAAUUCCGCACGUUCACCUACCACGCGAGCAACGACAGCUGGACCAACGUCGCCGACCCGACCGCAGCCUACGGCGUGGCCAUCUGCUCUAGAGAGUACCAUUUCCAGCCCAGACAUGAUUUCAAUUUCAACUGCAACGGCGUAAGGUACAACGUCUCCACCCACAAGCGCCAGCAGGUUUCCGCCUCGUACUACUGCGAAGCCGCGGGCAUGUGGGUGAUCAACUUCCAGCAGUUGACCAAGCUGAAGCAUGACAGCUGCUUCAACGACGACGUUCUUGGCACCCUGAAGGCCGGCACUGCGGAGACCUUCUGGUUGGGCGGCUACGCCGUGCCGCUCCAGGAUUUGACCUACACUCGCCGUGUGCUGGAAGGUGUGGACACCGUUAACUACGCACAGCCAAGUGACCUCCACGCAACAGUCUGUACUUUCCGCAGCUGGAGGGAGACAUGUGACCCGGCCAAGAGGUAUUGCAAGUCUGGAGAGAUCUGCCAAUAUGAUGACCAGGGGCAGCCUCAGUGCUUUGCAACCGAGACUCCCGCUCUCCACCAAGUGUACCGGAGCGCUGGCAAGAAAUACGGUUCCCAGACCUGGUUCAAACUGCAGAACAAUCUGCUGGCGUUCGUUCCGAAGGAGAAGGCGGAGUCCCUGUGUUCCCGCACGUCCACGCUAUUCGGCUACGCCGGCGUGUUCAACAUGUUUAACUACGAGAGUUCCACGGAUAUCCGCACUGCCGUAGACAAGAUACUCCUCUCGCCCGGCCUCAGCCAGCUCUCGAUUUAUGUCCACGGUAUAAAUUCCAUCGGGCAGGUAGCCAACCACUACCGCACGUUCACCCUCGACAGGACAAGCGGCAGCUGGACCAACGUCAUCAGUGCGCACGCCACCGACGGUCUCGCUGUAUGCACAGCUCAGCUACUGGAGGACUUUGUCGCCGAGUCCACGCAUACCUGCAUGGGAGCAGACUUCCACGUCUCCGCCAACAGCUUUACAUUCAAUGCCGGCACACGCUACUGCAGAAGCCUAGGGAAAAUCAUGCUCACGUAUAACACGCUGCGCCUGGUCUCGCAGAACAACAGCUGUUUCCGCGAAAGUGUCAUCCGAACUCUCCGCAAUAAGGGACAAGAUAAGUUCUGGGUCUCUAUGGUUGGCUUCUAUGAUAUGAACGAGGCGUACGACCCAGUGGCCAAUGAGGUGCACUACGACGAGGGAACGAAUGCGGUCGUCUGCCACCGAGACAACUUGGACACGUGUUCGACUUGGACUAAUAGACCUUGCUCCUCGGAAAAGCUGUGUCGUUCGACCAGCUUCACUACCCAAGUGUGCCAUGAUACGAUUAUUCAUAGGAACAUCACCAAAAUGGAGCAUGGAAAGUUUGUAAACUACACGGUCAUCUACCAGCUGCCGACAGGAACCAUCAGAUACGAGUCUCCAUCUGCCGCAAUUCAAACAUGCGCACUAAAUCAAUUUUCCCAUUCCCAUACCGUUGCUGACCCCUUCCGAAUGGAGGAGUACACCUCGUAUCACCACGUCUAUCUUGCCGUCAACAAUAUGCUCAAGGCGAUCGGAGUAGGCAUCGACGUGUUCGUCCACGCCUGGUAUCACACACCACCGCUUAACGGCGUAUACCACACUUUCCGGUACACGCCAGAAGAGGGCAUGACCAACGUGCUCACCACGCCCGAACCCAAACAAGGCGUUGUCAUAUGCACCUCGCUUCACCCUCAUGCUUACUUGUAGGCGAGGACAAGUAAACUGAUCAGUUCAGCUCAGAUUUUGCUUAUAUUUCAUCCCAUAACAAUUUUAAACAAUACAUCCCUGUCAUUUUGCCAUUUUUUUCUCAAGAGAGCUCGGUCAACAAUAAUGUUUGGCUUGCGUUUUCCAAUGACAACUAUUUGAACAUGAAGAACAGGGAAAUCAGCCGCAAACUCCAGGCUUCAUUUGCGCCGACAUGCUAUUACUCAAUGUGCUUAAUGUGCUCAAUGUGUUACUCAAUUACUUGUGCUUUCAGACCCUUUUGUCAUAAACAUCUGUGUGCCACCUUGGCCGUUUUUUCCCCUCAUUUUCCAUGCUGCCCUUGUGCUCCUGCGGCUUUUCACCAGGGGGUACUGAAAAUACCAUAUACGGUAUUUUACGACAUGUAGUACGUGUACUCUCUGCUUUUUACCACCCCCGCUUUGAUACACGCACUGCUAACCACUCUGAGGCCUGCAAAGAACACGGUCAUCUCUCCCACUAAUCGAGACUUACACACUGAUUUUCGCGCCUUUGGGCUUUAACCAUUAUCCCAGGAAUGUGACCGUAAGGGAGCAUGAAUUAAUAAACUUCUUCACAACCAAUCAGUUUGGUAUGCUUUU